CGGCGCCCGCCUGGCAUUUAGUAAUUCGAAGACCUUCCAGUAGAGUGCUAUGUUUUGAGUUGUUCGAUCUGUAUCGAGUGCGUUAAGCGUUCGGUUCACCGAUCACCGUCGAGUUGUAACCGUAUGUGCUGUCGCCGUCACUCUAUUGCCGUCCCUCAUUUCCGUCUUCGGUCUCGCACACGUUGACACGUCCUUUGUAUUGCCAUGGACGUCAGCUUGCUGCUUCAGCAUUCACAAUAUGCGUUACCUGUGGGUAUCGUGCUUGUAUGUGCGAUUCUCGUUUUCGUCUUUGGUUUCAAGAAAGCCGAACAACCACCUUUUGCACAGCUUUCGGUAGGCUCCGACGUGGACCGGAAAUUUGCCAACAAGAAACGUAGCAAGAUCAAAGAAAAGAAAUCUGUUAAUGGCCAAGUUACAAUUGAAAAGCCAAGUCCUAUUAAAAAAUCUGUAUCAACAAAAAUAGAUGCUGCAAAGAAAGCUGUGUCUAAACCAGAUGAUAUUGAAGGAAAGCUGAAAGAACGAAAACAAGAAGAUAAUAAAAUUUCUGUAACAAAAAAAGAUAAAGAUCAAGCUGUAGUAAAAGUUGGUAAAGAAAACAAAGUUGAACAAGUGAAAAAUAAGAAGAACAUAAAGAAUUUAUUCCAAGAAAAGCCAGUUGACUUUGAUGAAGGCGACUGGGAACAAGCUUAUUCACGAAAAGAUAAGAAAAAUAAGAAAAAAGAAGAAGAAUCUCCUUCAAAGAAGAACAAAAAGAAUGCUAAAAAGGCUGAUUUAAUUAAUGAAGAAGUUACAAAACAAAAAGUUUCAGAAAAAACAGAAAUUAAAGAUAAAGUUAUUAAGGAAACAGAAAAUAAAGAGUUAAAAGAGAAGGAGAAAAAAGAUGUGAUACUUACACCUAUUUCCAAUGAGGAAAUAAGUAAGGAAAAAGAACAACAAAAGGAAGAACAAACUAAGAAUGAAACGGUAGAAAAAGAAGAAAAAAAGAGUGGAAAGUCAAAGAAGACUAAGAAAGUUUCUGAAAGUGAAAACACCUCUGUAGUGACCCCACCUACAUCAAAAGUAGAUAAUAAAGUUCAAGAACAAAGAGCAAAAAAGAAGGAUGAGAAUACAGAAAAAGAUUUAGAUAAUUCAGAAGAAAAAAGUCCUAAAGCUAUACAAACACAAGAGAAGACUGGACCAGUGUUUGAUGAACUAGGAGAUGCCUGGACAGAAGCCAAACCUCAAAAGAAAAGUAAAAAGAAAGCUCGUAAAGAUAACUGAGGGUGAUUAAGUAUGAUGAAAAUUACGUUCCUUGUGAAAAGGAAUAGAGUGAGAAUCCUGCUUGGUCCAAACGACAUGUGUCAUUUCGGACUUACCAGGUGUGUUUUAAGUGACUUACCAAUUAACCACCUGACCAAAUUGUUCCUUCCCCUUGUACAUAAUGCUAAUUGGGCUAGGUUGUUCGAUCAGUUCGAUUUUACAUGCUACAUGACUGCAGGUGCAAAAAUCGUUGUAUGCAGAAAAAAUCUUUAUUAACUAUUGAUUUUUUCAACAUACUAAUUAUCUGCUUUAACGAAGUUGCUUUGCAUUUAACGAAAGAGGCAUAAGUCAUAGUUUUCACUAUAAAAUAGUUAUUAUAUAUAUGUAUUAUUCUUUUAAGAAUUUUCAUAUAUGUCUAUAAUGAUGUAUUAGUAUUCUAUGAGUUACAGCUACAUCUCUUAGUAUGUAUUUUUAAGAGUUUCAUUUUAAGUAUAAAUUGUUAACAAAUAGUACUUAUGUCCUUUACGUUUUGUCAACAAGUCCUAUGAACAAUAUUUUUGCUAGGUUAUUUUGCAACAUGUUUGCAUUCACGUUAGUAAUAAUUUAAAUAUUGAUUUUAUGCAUUAUAUGUAAUUCAAAUGUUAUAGAUGCGAACGGUUGAAAGCCAAAACUUAGAAAGUAUGAGAUAUAUUUCAAAACAAUAAUAAAGUGCAGGACAAUCUCUUAUGGAGAAAAGUUUGCAUUACUGAUGUAUAUGUCAUUUUCAAUGUACUGAGAGAAAUAUUUUCUUAUACUUGAUAGCGGGUAAUUUAUUCCAUCAUGUAGAUCCAAAAUUAUAUACUUUGUAAUAAUAAACUGUAUGUAAUAUUUUAUUAUAAAAAGUACAUCAGUAAUGAAUUUUAAGGAUUGAUAUGCAUUUAUAAGCAUAUGUGAACCUGUGUCAAAAUUUGUGCCAAGUUGUGAAGAGAAGUAAAACGAGGUACAAUGAAAGUCAUUACACAAUUACAUAUGAUUAAUUUAUUAAUUAAAAUAGAUGGUUUUAAUUGAGAUAACUGAAUUUUAUUCAUUAUUUAUUUGUACAAUAUAUAAUUAUAUAUAUUUUUGAUUUCGGAUUUUAAUGUUUAUAUAAUACCAGUAGAUAUGUAUAAUACUUAAAAAUAUGAAAAAUAUUUAAUUCAUACCUAAAAUACUUUUACUAAUUAUAUUAUGUGAUUUAAUAAGAAUAAAAUUGUGUUCUGACUUUCAAAGUGUCUAGUUAUUAAAUAUAUUUAAUAGAAAAGAAGAUACUUUUUUUGUAAAUAUUAUCUUUUCAUGUAUAAGAAUAAUUCUACUGAACAAAAAUCUGAUGGAAGUCUUAUUAACGAGUAUGAUCAAACGUGGAUCAAAUAAUCAAAGUUAUUAUGUUGUCUUUUAAUUUUUUACGAACAAUCUAAUCCAACCGUUCACAUUUUAUGCCAUGUAUAAAAUAUAGUGAGUAUAUUGAUUAUACAUUAAAGGUUUUCUUUGAAUGAUCUUUUUAACUAAUGUAAUUUCAUCGUUAAUAUCUACGUUAUGUAUAGUAAUAUCGCAUAUGGAAAUGCAAGAGUUAAACUUUAUAAGAGAAGUUAUAUCUUGAAAGAAGAAUUAAAUAUUAAGGAUAUCUUUAAAGAAAACAUUAACAUUAAAUACUACAUUCAGAGUUUUUUGGCUUCUAUUUUCUGAAAAAAUGAAAAGACAAAAAUUUGAAAUCGAAAAAUGAUGUUAGUUGCAAUCGCGUUAUCGCGAAUAAGUGCGUAAUAAUUAAUAUAGGAGUUGCAUUGUAACGUCAUUUGCUCGAAACAAUUUACUAAUUAGUGUUGUAUGUUAAUAUGUAAAGAUAAAGAAAGAAUACUUAGGGUUUAUGGCGAAUGAAAUAUUGUGAUAAGUAUACUGUAUACCUGAGCGUUACAUGAACGUUGUAAAAUAGUACUAUUAAAUAAUAUUAUCAUUUAUAGCUUUUACUUAUAAAAAGAAAAUGAAAAAAUAUUCGUUUAAAUAGCUCUCCAUAUUUUGUACUUUUAUCCUUAAUAUAUUUUCACAAAAUAUUCAUUCUACCUGUAUGUUUUGAGAUAUACAUACAAGGUGUUAAAGACUUUAGUAUUUCACAUAUUUUAAAAAAUUCUUUAUUAUAAAAUAUUGAUACUUUGAGAAAAAGAAAGGUUUCUUUAUAUAAUUACAAUCUUUUCAAACGAGCUUCAAUUCUAUAUACAUAUAGUGUGGAAUCACGGAUCGUUAUUACUAUGUAAAAUCCAAUUAAAUAUAGUCACUUGUAUCGAGUGACCCCAUCAAGUGCCAAAAGUAUAUGUUAUACUUUACUAUGGGCAACUGUUGUAUAAUAAUUUUUGGUAAUGAAAAGACUUUAAUAUUCAUCUUUCGAUUAUUUAUAAAUAUAUCGUGUCUACAUUUUUAACUUUAUGUAGCAAGCACUCCGCAUUUUUAUAAUUUUACUUUCCUAUACGUAAUUAUUCAAACGAAUUGUUGGAAGUACCUCUUCAACUAUAAUUGAAGUAAUAAAAAGGAAACGUACGGAAUAUAAAGAUAUUUUUACAGGCAUUAUGAUCAGUGUUGAAAUAACGAUUUUUCUUACUAGUACGAGUUAUUAUACUUCGUUGUUUAAGGUAUAAACGGCACUAAGGAAAAGUAAAAAAUGUAGUCUUUAUUUUGUUUCUAUUGCAAUUAUAAAUGCAAACAUCGCUUAAAUAAUUCACGUUGCAUGUAUACUAUCCAUGUUCAGUGUUACAGCUGUAUUAAACUUAUAUAUUUAAGUAGACAAUUGAUCGAGCAAAGCUAAAUAUAAUUAAUUAUAGUUUUAUAUUAUGAACGAUUAUGUAAUGUUAUUGUUCAACGCUGGUCGUAAGAAACGUUUAUAUUUACCAAAUAAUCAUUGGUGUACUUAAGUUCAACGAUUGGGACAAUUUGAGUAGCUGCCGAAUCAUGCGAUCUAGGUAUUUAAUAUCAUCAUAUUUUUGUAUGUAAUAUUCUUCGAGUUACUAACUCGCGUGACGAUACAAUGACAAAGAGGCGAAAUUAAUUCGGUUAAUCAGCCUGGAAAUUAAGAGAGUUUUUAAAAUCAUGUUGAUAGAAGAAUAUCAUAUUUUGAAUAAUAUUUAUAUGCACUUUACUCGUUUAUCGAGUAAUUAAAUAUCGAUGUAAAAAUCACUAUAAAACUGUUGCUAUCGCAAGAUCCUAAUAAAAAAAAAAGAAUUAAACAAAAAAUUAAAUACUAAUGAUAUAAGGAAGUCUUUCCAGCAAAACUAAAUUUAAUUGUACUGAUUAUGAUUAAAAAAAUAUUAUCGCUAUUGUAUAUAUGUAUAAUAUAUUAAUCAGCAAUGUUCUUUCUAAUUAAAUAUAUAUGUAUGUGCAAUUUUAUUGUAUACUGAAAUGGUACUGGUUUGAAAAGCUAGUGAUUGAAUAACGCGGUCUAUACAAGUACGAUUGUAGAGAUAUUUCAAAAGUGUCGAACAGUGUCCAACGAAAUUAAUUAUAUUUUUAAACAUACAUAUAUGUACUUUGAUUGUAGCUUAAUGAGACUAUUGUAGUUUCAUAUAGUGAUUAUAAUGUGACCUCAAUAUCUUGCUUGAGUGUAGUUCAAAGAAACUGAAAUAUUUUUUGCUAAAGAAAGUCUUUCUCUUCAUAUAAAUAAAUGUAUGAUACGAAGUUAAGUUUAGUGGCCUAACGCUUGCAAUAUUAUUAACCUGAUAGUGAUGCACCUAGACUCUGAUCAUAAUAGAAAUAUCGAAUAUAGAAUAAAGGAAACUAAGUGCAGACUAGAUAAAAGGAUAUUAUUCCACGAAACAGAAAUGUCAUGGUUAUUCACGAUGUAUUUUAUUCACCAAAAGUGUUAACGUAAUUACUGAUAUUACGAUAUCUAUAUCGAUAUAUUUGUGUAAAAUGCGUGUAUUUCAGUUAGUUCAAAUAUUAUGUAUAGCGUACGAUUUAAUGUUGAAAUCGAUAUAAAUUUCUUUCAAAAUUGAUGGAAAAAAUAUAAUUCAAGAGAAAUAUUCUGUUUCCAACGGCUGCAUAUUCUUAUUUGAAUUAUGAUAUCAUUAUAAAUUCUGAAAAUUUAUAUAAGUCCUUGCAAUUUAGAUAUUUCGUAACUGUAAGUUUAAAAUACAUGAUCAAAGCUACUACAAAAAAAAAAAAAAAAAAAAAAAAAAAAAAUCGCGCAAUCGGUACAAAUGCGAAAAUAGAAUAUUUCUCGUUCCGUACUUACAUUUCUGAUUGUGACAUUUUUGGGAUAGAAGUAUAAGCGAAAAAUAUAAUGCAUUACAAAACAAAGAAGAGGCAAAAAGAGGUAAAUGAAAUGAGGAAUAAAAAUUAUAUUUUUCAACA